AUGCGGUGGUGCCUUGCGUUGCUAGUCUGCUGCUUCUUGGCUGCGGUAAAUGCGCUGAGUAGCUCCGGCAGCCGUUUGCUGGCGGUUCUCGAAGACACAGACCAGAAAGACCUAUACUCUACACUGUGGGCUGAUCUUGAAGCCCGCGGAUACGAUGUUUCGAUUGAGUCCCCCAAAAGUGACGAGCUUGCUCUGUUCAAGCACGGCGAAAGAGCUUACGACCACCUCCUGAUCCUUCCCCCCAAGUCCAAAGGUCUUGGUCCCUCUUUGACUCCUAAGCACAUCGUCGAUUUCAUGAACAAGGAUGGCAACAUUCUCCUCGCCCUCUCCGGAAAAGCGUCCACAUCCAGUGCCGUCAGCUCCCUUCUCCUCGAGCUCGACAUUCACCUCGCCAAUGACCGCUCCGCUGUCGUCGUCGACCACUUCAACUACGAUACCCUCUCGGCCGCUGAGAAGCACGACGUCCUAGUCCUCCAGCGCCCUGGACCCCUCCGUCCUGAUGUGAAGGCAUUCUUCGACGGCGAAGGUGUUCUCGCCCUCCCCCGUGUCGCUCCCCAGACUCUGGGUGGUGAGAGCGCUCUCCUCGCCCCGAUUCUUUCGGCCCCCGCUACCGCCUACAGCUAUAACCCCAAGGAGGGCAUGCCCGCACCAGAGGACAUCUUGGCCACCGGAUCGCAGCUGAACAUCGUGUCUGCUAUGCAAGCACGCAACUCAGCCCGCUUCACCGUUCUCGGCUCUGUGGAAUCCCUCGAGGAUAAGUGGUUCUCGGCCUCUGUCAAGACCCCCAGCGGCACCGAGUCCCCCACCGUGAACCGCGAGUUCGCCAAGCAAUUGACUGCUUGGGCUUUCAAGGAAACUGGUGUUUUGAAGGUUGACAAGGUCGAGCACCGCUUGGCUACCGAGGGCGCAGAGCUCAACCCCUCCAUCUACCGAAUUCAGAACGAGACCGUCUACAACAUCGAGGUCUCAGAAUAUGUCUACGACAAGUGGGUGCCAUUCGAGGUUCCCGGCAAUGACGAGCUCCAACUCGAGUUCACUAUGCUCUCGCCCUUCCACCGUCUGGCCCUGAAGCCUGUCGGCCGCACUGAUACCAGCACCAUCUUCGGUGCUCAGUUUGUGACUCCCGAUCAGCACGGUAUCUUCUCUUUCCGUGUUAACUAUAAGCGACCUUUCUUCACCGCUAUCGAGGAGAAGCACGAGGUCACCGUCCGCCACUUCGCCCACGACGAAUAUCCUCGUAGUUGGGUUAUCACUGGCGGUUGGGUCUGGAUUGCUGGUCUUUGGUCGGUGAUUGGAGGAUUCUUGGCGUUUGUGGUUGUCUGGCUUUACUCUGCGCCUGUCACAGACAAGCUUAAGAAGACUCAGUAG